CGGUGGGUCGUGUGUCGAAGUUUUUGAACUCGGUACGUAAUAAAAUCGCUACUAACGGGUCCGGCGCGCAUAGGGAAACGAUAUUGUACAGCUGCAGCUCUCGAUUGGGGGGCGGAUUGAAGUCGUUGCGGCAGCAUUCUGGGGUAUCCGGGUGCGGGGAAGUGUGUUUACGGAGGAUGUGAGAGGAAGAAAUUUAAAGGUUGAUUGAAAAUUGCGUUGGAAUUAAAUUUCAGUGAAUUUGUGAUCUCCGAUUUACGGCGGUGAGCAGUGAAUUGGAAGUGAAGAGCUCAAAGGGUUAAGCUGUGAAGGGAGCUCGCUCCUGAGUGUGGUUCCAGUGGAGCAGUAAAAACGAUUGGUGGGAAAAUUGUAGGCAUGAUGUAAUAUAAGCAUCAGGCCAGACAAGGUAGAAAGCGUUCAUUUGGCACGAGUUUGUUUUUAAUUUUGGAGUGCCGUGUCGAGUGUGGCAGUAAUUAAUGACAGUUGUCCUUAUUCAGUGGAUUCGUGGUGCUGUAGAUUCCAACCAUUAGUGGCUCCAGUGCCGUGCCAGUUGCCGACGGUUUCCACACAGCGGGGGAUUUGUUUACGUUGCUUCGGUAGAAUAAGGCAUGGGAAAUGUGGAUGUUGGAUACUUAUGAAUACGAGAGGCACCAACUAGAUAGCUUGUGUUGUGGAAAUUGAGACCGUAACGUGUCGAAAGAUGAUUUCGGACUACGAACGGUGGCUAACACGUUUCCGCUCUUACGGUUCGCCCCAGAAGACGUGUCGUUAACAAGACGAGAGACACUUUGGUACGAGCAUCAUUCUGGACACAAAGUGUCCCCGGAUGCUGCUGUGAAACCAAUCAUAACGAACGGCGCAUUUGCUGAUUCACUUUGGAAAACUUCAAGGAAUAAAUCCACCCUACUGAUUGAAGUGCUUUCGACCUGUCAGGAAGUGAAGUGAAGUGAUUGAUGAAUAAUUAAACUAGUGUGAAAACAACGAUCUACGGAACAGGGAACGCUGUGCAAAUUUUCUGAAUAUGCAUGCAGUGAGUGAGUGAAUGUGUGUAUAUCUAGCGAUGCUUCAUUCAUAUAGUUGAUGUCAUACCCCUGCAGCGGAACAGUGACGAGCAUAGUUUGUUGAAAGUGGAAAAAGUUGUGGUAUAUAAAUUUAUUCGCUUCAACUGCAGUAACUUCAUCCGGUGUACAACAUGCGGUUCACUGUGGGCCUUCCAACGGCUUUGAAUGAUGAGUGCUGAAUUGAAGCUUAGAUGCGCAGCGUGCAACCCGCAAGAGCUGUUGUCGAUGCAACUGCUGCGGAAAGAAUUUGAGGCCUAACUAUGGAAAAACGUGCUCUGCUGAUGAGUUUGACCAUUCGCUGGUAGGUUGGUUCGGUCGAAUCUAUCCGAAGCUUACUGGUUGGUACCCUCUAGCGGAAUAAAAGUUGUUUUAGUGCAUACAUUAUCAGACCAGAAACACAUACACCAUCAUCUAAUAAAAAAAAUAACCACCACGUCAAAUCGUCGGCUCGGAAGUGAAGCAAAAAAAAAACAGUGCGAAGCACCAAAUAAUAAAAAAAAAUCCACGGUUCUAAAUUCCCAGUAGACGUACGAGCCUUGCUCGCAAUCCGGUGAAGGCCUUGGGUCGUAAAAAAGGGAUCACCAUCGACGCAGUGCUACUUUUAUUUUUUGUGUAUCAGUGUGUCACUCUCUCUUGGUGGGUCGAGCAUUGAAACAUAGAAAAAGUGUACCGCGCCAGUCACCGGAGGCAGUAGCAGCAAGGACGAUGGAAACACGAAUAGGAGGAUUACUGGGAUUACUAUCCUGCUAUUGCAUCCUGAUUGCCACUGUGCUCAACGUUAUCAGUGGCGAAGUACAGUCAUACUGGGAGCAGCCCUACGCCCAGCCUUACUUUGACAACAGCACCCGGCGGGAAAUAACCGCAACCGUCGGUCAAUCUGCGCUGCUGCACUGCCGGGUGCGAAAUCUGGGCGACCGAGCGGUGUCCUGGAUUCGGAAGCGUGAUCUGCACAUUCUCACGGUGGGAAUCCUGACGUACACCAACGACCAACGGUUUCAAUCGCUGCACACCGAUGGCGGUGACGAGUGGACACUGAGGAUUACCUCGCCGCAGCCUCGCGAUUCCGGCACGUACGAGUGCCAAGUGUCAAUAGAGCCGAAAAUUUCGCAGGCCUUUCGGCUCAACGUAGUGGUUUCCAAAGCGAAAAUCCUCGGCAACUCGGAGCUGUUUAUCAAAAGCGGAAGCGACAUCAACCUCACAUGUGUGGCACUGCAGUCGCCGGCGCCACCUUCUUUCAUCUACUGGUACAAGGGUGGUCGCGUGGUUAAUUACUCUCAGCGAGGUGGAAUCAGCGUGCUAACCGAGCGACAAACCAAAACAAGCAAGCUGGUUAUAGCGCGGGCCAUGGCGUCCGACUCUGGCAACUACACGUGCUCACCCAGCAGCUCCGAUUCCGCCAGUGUAUUCGUCCACGUCAUAAACGGCGAGAAACCAGCCGCAAUGCAGCACGGGAAUAGCAGCGCUAAUAGCAUUUUAAUAAAUAAACAUAGUUUUAGCUUAGCGUACCUGGCAGCGGCUCCGGGUGGUACAAAUUUUAUAUUAUCAUUAACAUCGUCAUGGUUUUGUUUGGCGCUGAAAUCAAUAUUCUUGAACGGUGCUUACAGGUGACUUGCGGUGUAAGUCCAUCCGAAAAUAGAAAAUACGUUACAGAGCAUUCCCAGUACUGAAUUGUUUCCUAUUGUUUGCACAUAUCGAUUUGUUCCAUACAACACUGAUCGUUACCCUGUGAUACUGAGCAAUGGAUCACAGGCUGGCACCGGUUGAGUAAUGAAAGUAUUGGAAACAAUAUCAAAAUGUUAGGAAAAUUAGUCGUGAUUGACACCGCUAUCGGUGUGAAAAAUACAAAGAGACGUGUACAUAAUAGGCAAACUCCCAGAGGUAUGAUGUCUCUCACGUUAGGAUAGAAAUAACUAUAGCAAAAUGUAAAAUUUACAUCCUAGAUAAUGUCGCGUUGCACAAAACCCAUUUGUACAGCCGUAUUCGAAGCAGAACUCAUUAAAUCACUAGGCAUAUGACAACCACAUCAGAGGAAUGGUGAAGCUAAUUGAAAAUGUUUGGUACGACCUGUUUGA